GGCCACCAAGCAAGCUUUUAUCAACACUUAAAGAAAUGCUAUGAACAACUAAACAUAAUGAUUCACUAUUGUGACCCACUUGUGAUCGGAUACAGAUCAUCAUGCAUAAGUUAAACGCAAAGCUUCCUCUUAAUCUUGUUGAUUCUUUUCCCUCACAAUAAUGAAACCCUCGAGACAGCAACGAGUCUGCAAGGCCUUGUGUUGCAGCUGUAAUUGCAGACUCAGUGUUUCUUCUUCCUCAGAAGAAUUAGCAGAAAGCAGUUCAUCAGCUGAUAGGUUUCCCUCUGUUUCAAGCCUAGCUCAUGCCAUGGUGCAAGAGAGGCUUGAUCAAAUGAUCAGAGAUCAGAGAGAGAAGCAUGUCAUGGUUGAGAGAUCAACGAGGCUUCAUCAACAUCAUCAUCAUCAUACUUCCCACAUCCACUCAAAUCCACUCACACUUGAACAUUCUAACAAUCAUCAUCAAUAUCAGUAUCAGCGGCAGCAGAAGACAAGAGAAGAAGAAGGAACCAAGUUCGUGGUGAUGGUGGCGAUGGAGAAGAGUUCUUAUGAUCCGAGGGAGGAUUUUAGAGAGUCGAUGGUGGAGAUGAUAACGGCGAAUCGACUUCAGGACGCAAAAGAGCUGAGAAGUCUGUUAAAUUAUUAUGUUUCAAUGAACUCACAAGAGUACCACAGUCUUAUACUUGAGGUCUUUCAUGAGGUCUGUACUAAUCUGUUCUUUAUCAUGUAGAUGCCAAUAUUGGU